CGGCCUAGUUUUUUUCUCUCGAAUGCCAUCUGUCUUUUGAUCUUUUGUGUGUUUCCUGGAUGGCUUUGCAUUGCGUCUCCCCGGUUUGGCAGCGAUAUCCCCCCAAUUGCCCAUCUUAGGCAUUGCGUCAUUCAGAAUCAUCAGUCGCACUCGAGUAACGGCCAAAGACCACACCGCGCGCACUGCGGGGACUCUGUUACCAGGGCUAAUCUCGUCCCUAUCAAUUGAUCUGUGUCAAAUAAUCACGCCAGGACCACCAGUCUGCCUAUAGCCCCCGAUGGGCGUCUUCCGGACACGAAAUAGCAGCGGGUCUGGGGAGUCCGGGCUUCCCCCUCGUCCGUCUGUCGACCGCUUGUCUCCAGAUCCCGCAGAGGCUCCGAUCGAACAGGCGCAUAAUGGCAGCCUUCCUCACACGUUUGGUGUCGAUCCGCUCGUCUCUGGGGGUAGUUGCAGGACACCAAGUCGGUCGUUCUAUCAUCGAUCCUUCAACAAUGCAAAUGAUCCAGCGCAUUAUUCGUCCCGCGGUCUUCGAGAACAGACAGCCGAGCUCGCCUCGCUUGCCCUUUCGCUGAACGAAACCUCCCCUCUCGCGGAGCGCAAUACCCUGCCGCCGUCGUUGGACGUAUUCCGCCGCGGUCAACAACGGAGUCAAGAGUUGGAUCUCGCCGUGUCGCCGAAAGAUACAACUAUUGGCUCACGGGGGCUGAUGCAGCCCUUGGACGCAGAACCGUCGACGCUCCACACCCCUGGCUCUUCGGUGCUCACGGAAAUGAUUCGCAAGCCUUCGCACGAGUCGCCUGAUGUCCGAUCUAGUCACCGAAAGCGGACGUCGGAUCUAAGCAGGACGAGUGAAAGCGAGGAGGAAUCUGAGAUGGAGGAUGCGUCUGUACCUGAUUUUGAAGAGUCUCAGAUCUCUAGCACCGAACGAUCUUCUCUAUUGCAUUCCACUCCUUCAAAAGCCGUCCGUAGCUAUGGGAGUGCGCACGACGUUGAAAACCAAGGGUCCGCCACAAAGCGAAAACGGACUCCGUUGAAUACGGCGCGGUUCAAAGCCAAAAAGUGUUUCCGGGUAUUGACGAACCCCAAAGCCUGGGACAGACGGACGAUCUGGGAGCAGGGAGUAGUCCACCCUGCCAGUCUACUGCCGUCCGUGUUCCUCGGCCUGCUACUCAACAUCCUCGACGCCCUGUCCUACGGCAUGAUUCUCUUUCCUCUGGGCGAGCCGAUUUUCGCGGACCUCGGAUCAGACGGUAUCUCGAUGUUCUACGUCAGCACGAUCAUUGCGCAGCUGAUGAUUGAGGUUGUGCCGUUUUUCCAUCAGAUGGCUUUUACGAUAUUGCAUAGUGUCGGCGAGGAGAACCCGAAGUCGGUUAUUGCGACUAGUAUUUUGGCGUUUGCUGUCAGUUCGAUCAUGACUGGUCUGGUGUUUUUCCUUAUGGGGGCGUGUGGGCUGGGGUCUCUCAUUGGAUUCUUCCCGCGGCAUAUUUUAAUCGGGUGCAUUGGUGGUGUAGGGUUCUUCCUCAUGGCGACGGGUAUCGAGGUAUCUGCUCGUCUGCCGGGGACGCUUGAGUUCACCAUGCCCACGCUGCAGAAGCUGUUCCAACUGGAUACGCUGCCUCUUUGGGUGAUACCUUUAUUCCUCGCUGUCGGGAUACUAGUUUUGAAACGAAUCGUGCGCUCUAACUUUUUGGUUGGAGGCUACUUUGUCGGCGUGGGUGUUGCGUUCUACAUAGUCAAGCUCAUCGCCGGGAUACCCAUGGAAGCAUUGCGCAACAGUGGAUGGGUGUUCAAUGCGCCGUCAUUCUCUAAGCCGUGGUAUAAUUUCUACACGCUUUAUGACUUUGCCGCCGUGGACUGGUCUGCAUUCGUCGAGACCAUUCCGGCAAUGCUUGCGCUCACCUUUUUCGGCAUCCUCCAUGUCCCUAUCAAUGUGCCGGCUCUGGGUAUCUCCACGGGCGAGGAUAAUCUGAACGUUGACCGUGAGCUCAUCGCCCACGGCGUCACCAAUGCGUUGUCUGGGUUUUCUGGCAGCAUCCAGAAUUAUCUUGUCUACACCAACAGUCUCCUUUUCAUUGACAGUGGAGGAAACUCCCGUCUAGCCGGUGUCAUGCUUGCAGGCGCCACGAUGGGGAUCCUCGUAAUCGGGCCGGUGAUUGUGGGCUUCAUCCCGGUCAUGGUCGUGGGAGCCCUGAUCUUUAUGCUUGGCAUUGAGCUGAUGCAAGAGGCGUUGGUUGAUACGUGGGGGAAACUGCAUCGGCUUGAAUAUAUGACGGUUGUCAUCAUCGUCUUGACAAUGGGCGUAUGGGACUUCGUGGUAGGCAUCUUCGUCGGCAUCAUCCUAGCCUGCAUGAGCUUCGUUCUGCAAACCUCCCGCAAGUCCGCCAUCCGAGCGACAUACUCAGGACGAGUAGCCGGCUCAACAGUCCGAAGACCGCCCAUCCAGCAGCGCUUCCUCCGAGAAGCCGGGCAGCAAACCCUCAUCAUCAAACUCGGCGGGUACCUCUUCUUCGGCACGAUAGUCGACGUCGAAAACCAACUACGGGGUCUCAUCGAAGAAGAAUCAUUCAACAAGCGGCCCAUCCGCUUCCUCGUCCUCGACUUCUCCCGCGUCGUCGGCCUCGACUUCUCCGCCGCAGAGGCCUUCACACGCAUCAGCCGCAUCCUCAGUCAACGCAAAGUCCAAAUGUCCAUCUCCGGCCUCGACGUCGAAGGCGAAGUCGGGCGAAGCCUCCAAAACGUAGGCCUCUUCGAGCCCGUCAACGGCGUCGAACUCUUCGAAGACCUCAACUCCGCCCUCGAAUUCUCCGAAAACGACUACCUCAAGAUCUUCUACCGCUACCGCGAAUCUCUAUUCCGAAAGCGCAGCGGCCCAUCCUCCACCCUCGCCGUACCAACCACAUCUCACCCACAAAGCCUGUCCCUCGCCGAGGGCACAGCUGCAGCAGCAGCAGGCGGAGGGGGGAUAGUCAGCUCCCCGCGCCACCGCUACCUCCAACAAGCAGCAACGACAACACUCCACGAAGACGAAUCCGCGACCUUCGCGCCCGCAGCAUGGUCCGCCAUGCGCCAGCCCCUCCCGCUCCUCCUCCAAACCUUCCAAGGCCUAACCCCCCGCAACGAAGACUUCUGGUUCCCCGUGUGCGCGUUCUUCACCCGCGAGACCUACGCCGCAGGCAGCAUCCUCUUCGAAGAAGGCGACGUCCCGCGGUCCUUCUACCUCCUCGAGUCAGGCAUGCUGCGCGCAGAGUACGAGAUGCCGCAGGGGCGGUAUUUCGAACUGAUCGUCGCGGGGGGGCCGUGCGGCGAACUGCCGUUUUUCAGCGAGACGCGGCGGACGGCGACUGUUCGGGCGGAGCAGGACUGCGUGGCGUGGUGUUUGAGUGUUGAGAAGUGGGGGCAGUUGCGGGAGAGGGAGCCGGAGCUUGCGAGGGAGUUGUUGAUUGUUAGUUUGAAGUUGACGAGGGAGAGGAUGGAUAGUAUUACUUCUCAUGUUCUUACGAUGGCGGCCUGAUUUGUUCCAUGUUGGUUCGAAAUUUAUGUAUAUCAGAGGGUGGAUAGGAUAGUAUGUAUGAUUUGCUUGUUGGCGGUGCAUUGUUGAGCGUGUAUGAUUUGAGAUGCUUGAUGUGAGAAUGAUUGUGUGGCAUUCAGAUAGCAUUUACUACGUUUUAAUCAUGAUAGUAUUAGUGGAGAUAAUAUAUCAACAUCGCUAGAGUCGAGUGUUGGUAUUAGUUAGCAUGAUAUAUACUUUGUA